AUAUAUAUAUAUUUUUAAAUAUUGAGUUUAGUUUUUUUUUCUUUUAUAAUUUACAUUAUAUAUUAUUUUUAAUAACGCAAGCGUGACACUAUGGCGGAGUCCAGCAACAGUAUUUCAAGCGGUGACAGCGAGGAGGAAAUUCAGGACGAGAAAGAGGAGGAUUGUACCGUAAAACACGAGCUGACAACCGCUAACCUGACCGGUCACUCAGAGAAGGUGGGAAUGGAAAAUUUCGAGUUGUUGAAGGUUCUUGGCACUGGAGCCUAUGGGAAGGUGUUCUUGGUGAGGAAGACGAGCGGUCACGACUGUGGGCAGCUGUACGCGAUGAAGGUGCUGAAGAAAGCAGCGAUCGUGCAGAAAGCGAAGACCACAGAGCACACGAGGACAGAGAGGCAGGUCCUGGAGCAGAUCCGGGAGUCUCCCUUCCUCGUGACUCUGCACUACGCCUUCCAGACCCACAGCAAGCUGCACCUCAUACUGGACUAUGUGAGCGGAGGGGAGAUGUUCACACAUCUCUACCAGAGAGACCACUUCACUGAGGAGGAGGUGCGAGUUUACAUAGGAGAGACCAUACUGGCACUGGAGCACCUGCACAAGCUGGGCAUCGUGUACAGAGACAUCAAGCUGGAGAACAUCCUGCUGGACAGCGAGGGUCACGUGGUUCUGACGGACUUCGGGCUGAGCAAAGAGUUCGUGAGAGAGGAGAAGGAGCGCACAUAUUCGUUCUGUGGUACGAUCGAGUACAUGGCUCCAGAGAUUAUCCGUGGCAAAUCCGGACACGGGAAAUCAGUUGAUUGGUGGAGUUUGGGGAUCCUCAUGUUUGAGCUGCUCACUGGGGCUUCACCAUUCACUCUGGAGGGGGAGAAGAAUUCGCAGGCAGAGGUGUCGAGGCGUAUCCUGCGCUGUGACCCUCCCUUCCCCCCCGAGAUGCCCCCCCUCGCUCGCGACCUCGUCCGCAAGCUGCUGGUCCGGGACCCUCGCAAGAGGCUGGGCUCGGGGGUGCGGGGCGCCGAGGACAUCAAGGGACACCCCUUCUUCAAGUCUCUCAACUGGUCUGAUUUGGCCUCUAAGAAGGUCCCAGCUCCCUUCAAGCCUCAGAUUCGCAGUGAGCUUGACGUCAGUAACUUUGCUGAAGAGUUUACGGGCAUGGAGCCGACCUACUCACCCGCCAGCACCCCGCCCAGCACCGACCGGCUGUUCCAGGGAUACUCGUACGUCGCUCCCUCUAUCUUGUUUAACAGGAACGCAGUGAUGGGGGAUUUCCUCGACGGCCAGCUGAGCUCGGAGCGGCCCGGGAACGCCAACGUGGCCCGCAGCGCCAUGCUCAAGGACUCCCAGUUCUUCCAGCUCUACGAUCUCGCUCUGAAGGAGCCGCCUCUCGGGGAUGGCAGCUUCUCCGUCUGUCGCAAAUGCCGCCACAAACAAACCGGACAGGAGUACGCGGUGAAGAUCGUCAGCCGCCGGAUGGAGUCGUGCGCACAGAGAGAGGUGGCUGCUCUGAGGCAGUGUGAGAGACACCCCAACAUCGUGCGCCUGUGUGAGGUGUUUCAGGACCAGCUGCACGUGUAUCUGGUGAUGGAGCUGCUGUCGGGGGGGGAGCUGCUGGAGCGAAUCAGAAGGAAGCAGCACUUCAGCGAGGCCGAGGCCAGUCUGAUCAUGAGGAGGCUGCUCUCUGCAGUCAGCUACAUGCACCAGAGUGGGGUCGUGCACCGGGACCUCAAACCAGAGAACCUCCUCUUUGCGGAUGAAGGGGAGGACGCCCCGAUCAAGGUGAUUGAUUUCGGCUUCGCCCGGCUGCGUCCCCCCGAGGGCGCCCCCCCCAUGCAGACCCCCUGCUUCACGCUGCAGUACGCGGCCCCCGAGCUGCUCCGAGACAACGGCUACGACGAGGCCUGCGACCUGUGGAGCCUGGGAGUCAUACUGUACACAAUGCUGUCAGGUCAGGUGCCGUUUCAAAGCAAGCAGAAAGGGAUGACGUCAUCGCACGCCGCCGACAUCAUGCGCAAGAUCAAGGAGGGAGACUUCUCAUUGGACGGGGAGGCGUGGAGGGGCGUGUCCGAGGAAGCCAAGGAGCUGGUCAGAGGUCUCCUGACAGUGGACCCAGUGAAGCGUCUCAAGGUGUCCUGCCUGCAUGAGAAUGUCUGGCUGCAGAGUGGGGGGGCUCUCUCCACCACCCCCCUCAUGACCCCCGAUAUCCUGGAGUCCUCGGGGCCGACUGUCCGGACCUACGUAAACGCCACCUUCAUGGCCUUCAAUAAAGGCAAGCGUGAGGGCUUCUUUCUGAAGAGCGUGGAGAACGCUCCGCUGGCCAAGAGACGCAAGCUGAAGAUGACGAGCUCGGGGGUGGAGACUCGACGCUCCUCCUCCUCCUCCGGGAGCUCCUCCUCUUCCUGUUCCUCCAGGUCACAGACCGCCCCCCCGAAGGAGCAGGGCUAGGACCCUCCCCUCCCAGUCCCUCCCCCAAACCCCCCGUCCCUCCCUUCACAAACUGGAGAACAAGCAAGAACUCAAGCCUAACGAUCAGAGUGCGUAAUUGAACUGUAAUUGGAUUAUGUGAUGUCAUCAGAAUUCUGACCUGUGCCAAGGUUCCAAUUGCAUGGCGAUGAAUCGCUGAUUCCACUGCUGUCGUGAUUGGGGCGCUGUGCUGUGAAGACCCGCCCAGAGUUACUGCAAGCGCCGUGAAACAGUAAAUACAAAAUCAUUGCGAGAGUCGAGGAAAUCCCGGCCGUGCCUCCGACUGGAGGACAGGACCCUGGGGCUCAUGAAUAUGCACGACGCUCAUUAAUAUUCACGAGCCACUCGGUCACUAUGGUAAUUCGUGCCGCUGAAGAUACUCAACAUGUGAAUUUUGCCAAAACAAAGCAGUUCUUUUAUUUUAAUACUGAGAUGGAAAAUUAACCCUUUUUAUCAGAACUGUUAAUAUAAUGAUGUCAGAUUGUUCUGUUUGAUGGUAUUUACUGUAUUGGGUAUUAUUAUGUAUUUUAAUCAAAACAAAAUAUUAAAAGGUGU